AUGGGGAAACAUCCUAAAACAAAACUAAAGUUGAAGCCCCAAAGUGUUUCUCAAGAUGCUUUCAGUUCAAAAUCCGGAACUUCAACGAUAUUGGCAGAAUCUGAUGAUAGGAGUUGGGCAAAAAUAGCUGGCACACGGAAACAGUCGAGUGGAAAUUUCAUUCCGAAAUCGAUAAAUUAA